CUCCGUGCAGCUCCGUACAUUUGGUUCAAAAUGGCUACUCGCCCCUCAAAGCGAUUCAAAUCUUGCAAACUUCGCGUUCGAUCUAUCUCUACGAGUGGCAAAAAAAUCACGAAGAAUAUUGCUCUGAAAGCUUCAAAUCAUAUUUCAAAUGAAUUAAAGUCAACAAACGUCUCUUCUAGUGCGAUAGAACGACAUAAUUUGUAUGAGUUUGAUGAAGGUGAAGGUUACUGUGAUGAAGAGCAUACUUAUGCAACAAACUAUCAGAACAGACGGGAAAAGGAAUUUCAAGGCUGGCAAACCAUACGAGAGUCUUUGUUAAACGGAAGAAUUGUAGAAGAAGUUUUUCUUAACGAAGAAAAAGGCUCUGAAUGUGGUGUGAUUGGGGUAGAAUUUCGUUGUAACGAAUGCGCACACGAAAAAUAUUUUUGCAAAGGUUGUGCUGACAGCACUCACGAAACAAGCAACUACUUCCAUGUGCUUGAACGGUUUAAGGAUGGGUAUACAUUACCUUACUUUCCCAAUCAUAGUAUUCUUGCAGCAAGGCAUCAGAAAUCUUGCCAUAGUGCUCAAGCAAGAAAUGUCAUUUGCAUUGACCAAUAUGGCCGGCAACAUCAGAAACAAAUUCUGUUUUUUGAGUGUGAAAAAGAUUCAAUAACGUUAAUAAGAUUGAAACUUUGGCCUGGCAGUGCUACUCGUCCCUCUUUAGCUUUUCAUUUUAAGAUGAUGGAGUUGGCUGAAACCUUACUUCUUGAAUGUCAUGUUUCACUUCGAAAAUUCUGCGAUGCUCUAAAAAUAUGGACAAAGUGCUCCUCUUUACCAUUGUGGAUUAAGAACAUGUAUUCAACACUGAACAGCAACUCAUUUGAUGAGUUUCGGUAUCAUCGGCAUUUGUUGAGAAAUGGUUACCCGCUUGUAAACCAACAUGUCCCAGGGGGAUAUUUGUGCCCUCUUUGUCCCAAACCUGAUGAAGCUGGUACUCUGAUUGAAUCAAUGGAUGCUUAUUUUGGUCUUGUGAGAAAAAAGACUUCAGGGAAAGUUCAGUUCUUGUCAAGGCAUAAUUCCAUUUUGUUCCACAAUCAAGAAGAAGUUGAUUCAUUUGUUGAUAACUACACUUCAAGUGCUGAACAAGCUAAAACUCCUUUUAUUGUUAAGGAUUGUCAUGAGUUUAAGGCAGGUGAAGUAAAUGACAUGAUUCGAUCAAAAGGUAGAAACAAAUUAUUCGAUGAGAAAGGUGUUUUUGGUUGUGUCUGCCGGCAUGAUUACCCAAAAGGAUUUAUGAAUAUCAAACAUGGAGAAAGGAUUGGUUAUUCAGUUUUUAGCGUCAAACACCAGCUCUCUAACUCCAACGAAAACACAACAAUAAAAAUCAUGUAUGACAUUGCAUGUACUUUGAAGGCACACCUAAUGAAAAAUGGAAAGCAUGAUUUUGUGAAGAGAGCCGAUUAUUCUAUUCCUGUCUUCCACUGCUAUGGUCAUAAGUCCUUGUGUCAGAUACAAUUUAACCCAAGAAGAAAAAAAGGAUAUGGAUUAACUGAUGGGGAAGGAGUGGAAAGACUAUGGUCAUUUCUUCGGGGAUUUUCCGGCAUGACCAAGGAGAUGAGCUCUGGUCGCCGUCUUGAUAUUCUGACAGAUGCUUUACUGCACUAUUCUUCUCGUCGACUUGAACAGUUUGGAUCUUCAUUAGCUGCUAAACUUAAAAGAUGUCCUGAACUUAUUACUAACACGCAAUCACAAAUACAAGACUUAUUUUCCAAGCUAGAUGUUCUGUAUGACUCUGAUUUAUUAGACACGUGGAUGAAGGAAGAAGAACAACUAAUUAACGAGAAGAAUUCAAAACGGGCACUUCCGUUAACAUGGCAACAAAAAUACGUGGAAAGUUUAUUGCAACUUUACCAACUGAGAAUGCAGAUUGCUUGUAUUCAGGAAGUUGAUCAUGGUCACUUUGCGGAUAUUGUAAAAAAGACUAAGAAAGUAACGAAACAGGUUGAAAACAUUGAGAGAAGAAAGAAAGUGGCGAAGAGAUGGAAACCUGGGGAGAGAGAAUUUAAUACGGCAGCUUUGUCGCUGGAGCUGAAACGGAAUGAGUCUUGUUACAUGAUAAUACAUAAUCAUGUAAAUUAUAGUUAUUAUUGUUAUAUACUUAAAUAUAUUAUUAGUGCUCUUUGUAAAAUGCCUUACUUAUACAUGCAUGUGUAUGUUAACCACAAUAACAGGAAAAGCUUACGUAUAGGACGUGGUCAACCUACUGACCACAGACAACGUACAGGACAUGGGUAAUCAACUGACCACAGUUUUACGCAAAAGCGGUUAAUCGUACGUCAUUGUGCAAUCACAUAUAAGCCGAGAAUCGAAAGCUGUAGUGAUGUUGGUGCUUAGUAGAAGUCCACAUCGGAAGAAAGCCUCAUGUAAAAGAAAACGAACUAUUUACGAAGAUAACCAAAGAAUCCAGAUAUAUAUCCUAUCCAUCAACGAAAGAGUCACUGAAAGUCUGAAAGCAGUUGUCUUAGAUAAGUUUGAACAUUUAAACAUUUAUAUUAUAACGAUUAUAUCAAAUUAUUAGUAUAUUAAAUAAAUAUCUUAAGAAUUGACAACAA